AUGUUACAACACCAGCAACAAUCUCAGGUGUCACAAGGAUACUAUGACUACAACCAGUCCAGUCCAACAAAUUUCAAUAAUUCUGAUUCUCUGAAUACAACACCAUUUUCCGUUAAGGAUAUUCUGAAUUUGGUCAAUCAAAAUGAGAAUUAUGAGGUUUUCGGCACAUUAGAGAGUUCGAUGCAUAGUGUUCCGACGCCUGCAUCUUGCGUCAACGAUUACGAUACACAAAGUUACCAGGAGACGACACUCAGUUCAACGCCAGUUAUGCCACAGCUUCAAGUGCCAUCAAUGACCGCGGCGGCGUCGAUGGCGGCGGUCGGUGCAUCAACUUCCGCCUACCACUAUCCCCAUCAUCAUCCUCAUGCUCAUGCAGCUUUCGGCGAUUAUCCCUCUGCCCCACAUGCCCAUGCGGUCGCCGCAGCGUAUCCAUCACAUCUUCAUUCGCAUCCACAUACACACCCACACCCACAUCCACAUAACCACCCGCCUCCGCCGCCACAUCCGAAUCCCCACACACAUACACAGCACGUACCUUCCUACCAACAUUACGGUGCGGUGCAAUGGUACAUGUCGCCACCUGCAGUAACCAACAGCAAUGCCAUGUGUGCACCUGGUAGUAGUGUCUCGCCAAAUGCGUCCGCUUACGGCGUGACGAUAGCCCAUCCAGCAGCAUACAACUACAAUUAUCAACACCCAAGUGAUGCUUACAUGAAUGGCGUAAAUGGCGUUGGCAGCAUAGAAAACACCAGCAGUAGAAGCGAAUACAAUUCCACGCCAUAUGUGACGCCAUCGCCCACCUUGGAUCUGAAUAGUUCAACAGAAGUGGGCGAUCCACAUGCGGCAUCUGGGCUGACAGCGAAAUUGACGUCUUUGCCGCCGAAAGGCAGCGGUAGCUGCAAAACGGGAGGUGUGUCGCAACAAUCUUUGCAUAAUCUGCUGGAGACCACCAACAAUAGCGCAUCAAUGCAGCAAAUAUCCAAUAGCGUUGCCAGCGGUAUGAAUACGGUUAACGGAAGUUUGUGUGGGUCAAAGAGUGUGGCGGACAAUGUGCAGAGAUCAAGCGAGAAUGCUGCUGUGAGUGCUGGCGGCAGCGGGGACUGUGGAAUUCCUAAACGCAGAGACAUUUCUCAUGUCACUUCGUCUCGUUCGGAACUUCGUAAAAAUGGCAAACCGCGUUGUAAACGUAAGCCACGCGUUCUUUUCUCACAGGCUCAGGUGCUGGAAUUAGAGUGUCGGUUUCGUUUGCAGAAGUACCUGACCGGCGCCGAACGCGAAGUCAUCGCUCAUAAGCUAAAUUUAUCGCCAACUCAGGUGAAGAUUUGGUUUCAGAAUCGACGUUAUAAGUCGAAGCGUGGAGAAAUCGACGGCGACACACUCUCGGCCAAAUUGAAAGCAGACAGCACAUCGGGCGUGAUGGCGGCAGGUGGUGUAAUGUGGGGUCAAUUGCAUCGUCAACAUCAAUCACACCCACAACAGACGACGGCGCAAAUGAUGCACCACUCAUAACACACCGUAAGAUUUCUGGCAUUCGCUUUCAAGUUGCCAAUAUAAAGAAAAUUUGCUUUGCGCCAAGUACCUUUGAAAUAAUGUUAACAAUCAAAAUAGAAUAAUGCGAAAGGUCGAUAAAAACGGAGCAUCUUCACACAUUAUAUAUUAAUAAAAUUAGCUUAAUAAGUGAGUUGUAA